CUCAACGUAGUGUUUGGAAAGUUGACGUGUGCGGCGAGCAGGUGAAAGCAAGAAAGAGUUUCAAGUGAAUUAAUUUGGCAGAAACUGAGUUAUUUUAUAAAAAUUGUUUUAUAGAAAUAAAAAGCAAAAUGUUGGACUUUAUGGAUGAUUUGAAGCGUAUGAAUAAGCGGCAGCUUAUGUAUCAAGUCUUGAAUUUUGGAAUGAUUGUGUCUUCCGCUCUUAUGAUAUGGAAAGGACUAAUGGUUGUGACAGGAAGUGAGAGUCCUAUUGUUGUAGUAUUAAGUGGAAGUAUGGAGCCAGCUUUUCAUAGAGGUGACCUUCUGUUUUUGACUAAUCACAGAGAUGAUCCAGUACGUGUGGGUGAUAUUGUAGUCUUUAAAGUUGAAGGCCGUGACAUACCUAUAGUUCAUAGAGUUCUUAAAAUCCAUGAAAAAUCAAAUGGCACAGUUAAAAUCCUGACGAAAGGUGAUAAUAAUUCUGUUGAUGAUCGAGGAUUAUAUGCACCAGGCCAACUGUGGCUGGAGAAGAAAGAUAUUGUUGGACGGGCUCGAGGGUUUGUACCUUAUGUUGGUAUAGUUACUAUAUUGAUGAAUGACUAUCCAAAAUUCAAAUAUGCUGUUCUAGGAUGUCUUGGGCUAUUUGUACUUAUUCAUCGAGAUUAAUGAAGACUGUCACUCAUUAUUGUUCGAGUCACCAUCGAAAAGUGGAUUUUUUUGAUUUCACCGUGAGAGAUGUUUUAUUUUUAUGAUAAUGACUUUUUUCCCAACUUGUUUCUUCAAUUGAGAAGUGUUUGUUUAAUAUGAAGCUACAGAAAAUUAGAAUGCUAAUUGAGAAAUUUAUGUUUUAUUAUAUUGAAAUGGAGCAAGAAAUUUUUCAUUCUGAGUUUGAUUUGCAUUUAUCUUUUUAUGCAGUAAUUGAGAUGCUUUAACAGUAUCAUGAAUAUUCAAUAAUUUUAAUACAAUUAUUAAAUGACAACUAACUUUCAUAUUACCUUUCAUUAAUAAUAUUUUUUAGCAUUAAAUAAAAAGGAGCAGUUACUCUGUUAAUCAAAGAGGUGUGACGAAUUGUGGUAUUAAAAAACCAAGUGUCUUUAGUUUUUUAUACUGUAUGUUUAAAUUAAGAUUUUACAUUGUAUUCUCUAAAUAUGAAUGGUAAAGCACAAAACACAUUACAUAUUCAAUUGCAUUUAUAAGGUGUUAAUUAUGCACAUUUGGGUAUUAUAUUGAACUUUUAAAUGUCAGCAAAUAAAUUUAUUGUGAAUUAGCAAGAAUGCUUUCAUGAAAGAUUAGUUAACUUUUGUGUGAGAAAUGAAUCUAAUUUGUAGAAAGGAUUUCAGCAUAUUACUUUGAUUGUAUGCAGCUGUCUAUGAUUUAUAUAACAUGCUAUGAAAACAUUUUUAGAAAAAGUUAGUAAUUCAUUAUGUUUUCUGUCAUGAAACUUUUAAAAUAAUUGGAUGCCAAAUUUUAUAGAUCAUUACUGCUUAAUAUAUUCUAUCUAUAUUGUUCAAAAUAAAUUAUUUCAAAAUAUUGAACUAGAAAUAACUAGGAACAUUUGCAGUUGCAGUUUUAUAGAUUCAGAUAAUGAUUAAUGAAUUUUUUAAAAAUAUUUAUUUAUAUUUUUAACCAUUACUAGAAUACUUCUGUGGGGUUGAAAUUUUUUGGCAGAAUGCUGUACUUAUAUCAGUGAUAUACAGAGAGUAUUAAGUGUAGACAUGCAUUUAAGGAUGUCAGGUGUACAAAUCUCACGUGAUCAGUAUGUAAUUUCCAUUAUUUACAUAUUUCAUUCCAUUUUAAAAUAUUGUGAUAUAUCAUUAGAAAAUGAAAUUAAAGAAUGAAAAUACACACACACACACACACACACACACACAUAUACAUAUAAAUUGGUUACUGAAAAGUAUUGUAAGCCAUACAUUUAUGAAUAUAUAAGAAGGUGCAAAAUUAGAAGGAAUUGAGAUUGUUAGUCAAAUGAAAAUGAGCCAAGAGGAUUAUAUUGAAGUGUUUCCUUUAUGUUGAAAUUGUAGGGAAAGCUAGUGUUCAAAAUGGUGCAGUCCAGAAACAUUAGUUAAUGUUAUAACCAUAUAUCAACUACAAGUCUAGCAGGUGAAUACAUUUUACACACAUGCACGAAAAGAUUAUCGAGCUGAACAUUUGACUGCAAGACAUGCUGGCUCAUUUUCAUUUGACUUGUCAUAAUGGAAAUAAAUCUUGUCUGCAUUUAGAAAGCAGUAUACCUAAUUUAGAUGUCUUUCUGAGCUGAUCAUUUCAAGAAACAUUUGAGCAAAACCAAAAUUUUGCUUUCAUUUGUUUCUAGUCAAAAGUUGAAACUCAAUUGACAGUGCGUUAAGUGAUUUUGUCUAUGAAAGGGGCUUAUUAUGUAUGGUAUUAGAAUGUUAUGUUGAAAGUGUGCAUUGCUGUGAAUAAUAAAAUUUUGUUAAAAACUGAG